UCGUCAGUGUGUUUUUCCGGUGAGCACCCAGACAGCAGACAUGCCAGUGAGUACAUCUACGACAUUUAUAUUUGGCUUGACUGUUAAAAAGUGUCGCUACGAGGAGGACAUUGUGCGAUGUUUUAAUAGCACCGUCUUUAUUUUAGAGUCAGCGGUUUUUCUGUUGUUAUUAUGGGCAAAAUAAGAUGUUAAAACAGUCGCAAUAUGGCGAGACACGUGUUACACAAAGCAGUCCACGCGGCAGCUUUUCGGAACACAAGUCUCAGCAGAAUUUAUGUCUUUUCACGGGACAAAAACUUGCAUCUGUAGAUGUCCCAGUUGAUGAUUGAAUCAUAAAUCGAAGAGAUCUAAGUUGAUGAUAGAUCACUUUCGCUUUUGGUCGUAAUCUUAUUUCCUGUCUUUUGAAGGCUUCAAAGAUUCAUCGACCUUUGCUCCCUGUCAUCGUUCAAAGUUGUUAAAGUAAAUGUUUGUGUUUUUAACGCUGCAAUCUCAAUGUGAGAAUACAAAUCACCUUAACUAUUGUCCAUGAUUUUUUUUCAGCUUGCAAAGGAUCUGCUUCACCCCACCCCAGAGGAGGAAAAGAGGAGGCACAAGAAAAAGCGUCUUGUCCAGUGUCCUAACUCCUAUUUUAUGGAUGUCAAAUGUCCAGGUUAGUUUAUAUGUUUUAUAGCAACCAGGUAAAUAUCUGGAUGUUAGCAAUUUAAAAAAAAAAAAGAUAAAUAUUUUUAGUAAUAUAGCUAUCUAAAAUACCUUGCUAGAGUGUCAUACAACUAUACCUAAGACAACCAGGGCCCUCAGAUUUGAUAAUGGGCAAACUUCACUUUGUUUAGUUAAAUGAUAUUGAAAUUCAAAUCCAUAUGCAGGACUGUUACCAUAAAUCUACAAAACCCAAUUCCAUUGAAGUUGUGAAAUUGUGAUAAACGUAAAUAAAAACAGAAUACAAUGAUUUGCAAAUCCUUUUCAACCUAUAUUAAAUUGAGUACACUACAAAGACAAGAUAUUUAAUGUUCAAACUCAUAAACUUUAUAUAUUUUUUGCAAAUAAUAAUUAACUUUAGAAUUUGAUGGCAGCAACACGUGACAAAAAAGUUGGGAAAGGUGGCAAAAAAUACUGAGAAAUUUGAGGAAUGGUCAUCAAACACCUAUUUGAAACAUCCCACAGGUGAGCAGGCUGAUUGCAAAUCAUGGUAUUCUGUUUUUAUUUACGUUUUUCACAAUUUCCCAACUUCAGUGGAAUUGGGUUUUGUAAAUCAUUAUGAAUUUUUUGUUUCCUAUAUAAUGGAUAAGGGCACCGCUCCAAUAUCCACAAUAUAAUAACAUCAGAAAUAGGGCUGUCCUGAUACGAUAUUGAUAUCGGAUAUCGGUCCGAUAUCAGCCAAUAAACAAAUAUUUGAUUAUAUCGGCCUGCAUCUAAAAUCUCCGAUAUCAGCACUCCGAUACGAGCAGUCCAUUCCAGACUCCACUCCGGCACCUCCAGCUAGCAGCGCCCUGAUCUAGCACGCAGAGCCCAUGUGAUCACAACAACCGCGUGUACUAAGGUACUAACAAAGUAGAAUGGAGUAGGAGUGAUGUCGGCUGUGUGGCAGUAUUUUUCGUUAAAGUUCGAAAAAGACGUUGCAGAUGAGUGAAAAACUUGUCAUGCACAAGUUUGUGCCAAUAUCAGAUCAAUAUCGCUAUCAGCGGAUACUAAAGGCUACAAUAUCGGUAACGUAUCAGAAGUAAAAAAGUUGUAUCAGGACACCCCUAAUCAGAAAUAUUUGCCUUUAUGUGUUGCCCUUUCAUCGCUCUCCUGGUGACCAGGGUGUCAAUUAAGGCAUACAUCGACACUUGUGACUGUUUGUCUGUGUAAUGAGUUUCAUGUGACUCUUUACACAAACAGUUGCCAGGACACAGCAGUAAUUCAAGAUGAUUGUGAGGUUUGGCUGGGUGUUGCAUGUAGUGUUUCAGUUUGAAUGUUAGCCUUGUGAUUUCAUGUGUGACUUUUCCUGCAGGUUGCUACAAGAUCACUACAGUAUUUAGUCAUGCUCAGACUGUUGUGCUGUGUGUCGGCUGCUCCACGGUCCUCUGUCAGCCCACAGGAGGAAAAGCUCGCCUUACAGAAGGUAACGCUCCUUAGUGCCAAUAUUUCUGUUGGUUGAGUGUGAAUUUUUCUAGUUAUUGAUUUGCAAAUACAUGAAUCUUCGCCACCAAAAUAUAAUAUAAACUUGAUUCGUUAUUUUAUUUUGCUGCUGUGUAUUUACGUUGUAACCUCUUUUCUCCAUCAACUUUUUUUUAUAAAGUUGUAUAGCAUCCAUGUGACACAUAUUUCUACAUAAACAUUAAGACCUUAACCCUGUCUGAGACACGCCUCUGAAAUCCUGAGGGCAAUUUUGAGAAGGGCCCCCAGAUCCUGAGGUUUUCUGAAGUAUUGAGGUUUAUAAAAAAGCUGAUAUCUCAGCCUCUGUAGCAGAUAGAAACAAAAUUCAAAAAGUAUUUGAGAACUUACAUGUGUGGCUUUCAAGAUAACUAUUAUCUAUUUGUCCGAACCUUCAUCAUAUUUUUGAAAACCUUGAACAAACAAACUUAAAUGAAAUAGAGCAGCUGUAUAAAUAAAAGUAAAGACUCUGCACUGGAGAAUAACAAACUAUUUGCGUUCUGUAAAACAAGUGGCAGUCAUGAUAAAGUGUCCAUUCAAUGCAAAUGUAAAAAUAAAAAGUAAGGUGCUAAAAAGGUAUGCAGCUGCCCCAGUAUAGUGCCAGUACAAAAGCAGCACUAAAAACUAAAAAAUAAAUAAGUGGGUGACAGUGCAAGACCCCCAAUUAUUACUGAAACUGUUAAAAAUGAGAAUACUUAAGUUUAAUGCAAAAAUGUCCUGCUGGUCUGUGCUGCACAUGACACCUCUGACAUUUGUGUAUUUGCCUCUGUGUUGCCCUCUCAUUGUUUUCUUCAUGAACAGGGUGUCAACUGAGGCAUACAGUAACCUUGCAGUUGUGACAGAAAUUCUUCAUCAUUGAUUUAUUUCUACACAAUCACUUGCAAGCACAAAUACUUACUGUUCAGGUGUUUGUCUAAACCUCUGCAGACAACACAAACUCGUAAAUGUGUGUUACACUGAUGUUGUAUCUGAAUUGCUGUAGCCGGCUGAGUAUAUUGUAGCAACGAUGAUGCUCUGUAGGUAGUAUUUUGGUGAAUUGUUGAGCUCGAGGUCAAGGUAUGUUCUCACUGACGCUCCUAUUGUCUCACCCACUCCAUCCUGUGCUCUGCUGCCGUGGUAACGAAGGGCUUUUCAGCACACUCUGCUGUGAGUUACUAUGAGUACGGCUGCAACUGUUUGCUCCAGAACCACACUUAUUUAGAAGUGACUCAGUUUCAAAAGGCAGAUAAUGUUAGUUCAAGCAUUCUCUGUUGUAUCCUUGGCCGUGAGUCAGUUUAUACACUUUAUACAUAAAAGCCUGUCCUAUCAGAAAUAGCUUUUUUUCGUAAAUGCCAAACAAUUCUAUGGCAUUUAGAGGAUGCAUCGGCGCUUUAGUUUGUCGUUGAAAGAGCUGCAACAAUUAGUGGAUAGAAAUGAUGCAUCUGGAGUGUCUAUUCCUUUUUUUGUCAUUUUGGAAAAGAAAAAGAAACGAUCUGGUAUCGGCCUGUGAAAUGUCGACAUUCUUCUACCUUUCCCUGACAUUCAGGUGUUUUUUUUUUUUGUUUUCGGACUAACUGUAAAGACAUUAAAGGUUCCUGUGAGGAAUUUUAAUUGGUAGUACAACAGACUAGAAUUAAUUCAGAUGAGACUUAAUGGCCUACAACAAGUCUGAGAACAAGACCAACAGGAAUGUGGUUUAUUUAUUUAUUUAUUUUUUGGAAACAUAGUUUUGAUGUGCACAGAUUUCAUGAAACUCUGGUCUAGUUUUCGAUUACUGAUGUUGGACUUCCAGAAGAGACUUUUUUUUUGUCCUUGUGGUGCCGUGUCAUGCCUUCGUCCAUACAGUAGCAGUUUUUGAUCUGUGUGAAGUAGGUCAGUUUGUUACAUGGAGGCUCCACUUUAGCUGACUCCUGCAGGAUGAGUCUGAAAAAGAAACAGAUUUUCUUAUUUGCCUCAAAUGAACUGGUUUCAAGUCUGUAGAAUCAACAUCAUGAUGUGAGGGGAAGAAGCAAAUAUUGUCAGCACUGUCUCUAAGAGGAAAGUAAAACUGAAAUAAGUUGCUAUAUAACUUUAAACUUUUCUUAUUAGACAGCUAAUUGUUAAUUUUACACCUUGCUUAAAUCACCUCACUCAUAAUUGUCUGUAUCUUUCUCCAGGAUGCUCAUUCAGGAGGAAACAGCAUUAGUAUGACACACAGCUGGGGAGGAGAGUGAAUGGAGCAACACUGCCAUGGAGCUGCCGAAGCUUUUAGGAGAAGGAUGGCAUGACUACAAACCCUGUCAAAGAAGAAAUCGAUCUACACAAUCAGCACAAAGGAAUGCUUGGUGGUGUUGGGAUCCCACCUUUAACAUCUAUCUAUUAAUUCUGCUCUCAAUAAACUUAGGUCGUUCUUUUGGUAAAAUAAUCUUGCAUGUUUGUCUUCCACUUUCUUCUGACUCUCAGACGUGACUUGCCUGGUUAAAGCACUUGUCCGCUCAGGUCCUUUAAACUUGUGAUGAUAUAAAUAAGUAGAUUUUAAUACUCUGACUUUUGGUAUCCUGCAAAUGUGCUGAUAUAUGGCUUCUGUUGAGCGAUUUCUGUACCAGUAAAUUCUACAUAAUAAGAGACUUUUAGUGAAAUUACAUGAAAAUACCUUUUACUACAGAGUUUUGCUAUGUACAAUUUGCACUUUGCCUUAUGGAUGCUGAAUGAUCUGCAUUCAAACUUACAAUAAAAUCCACAUCUAACAUAUGUCAUGUAUACCUGCCAAACAAAUACCAGAGUAAAGUUAACACUUAAGGCAGACGGAUGUUUUGCAGGGUUGUGUGUCUCGGUGUGGGUGAUUCAGGGAGAGUCAACUCACUAUGCUCGAGUGUCAAUGACUUAAAAUGACAUCAACUGGUUACGCUUUGGUUUGUGAUUUUAUCUUUGCUUGGAAGCUUCAUGUUAAAAUGAUUAAAUAUUUCUGAAUGAGUUGGAAUAAUUAAAAUCCACAAAUGUGGGAAUAUAAAAAUUGUAAGAUAAUGGACUAUAAACUCUUCGCUCGUAUUGUUCAAUCACUGCUUUUGCUUAAAGUUGUGAGCAGGUAUUCUAUUUGCUCAGUCUACGUGAAAGCACACUGAAUAUAGAGCUUAACUUGGGAUGGGGGCAGAUGGCAACUCAUUUUUGUUAUUGUGAAGUUUGUCUUGUUAAUUAGACAGAGUUUACAAAUAAAUCAUUAACAGGAACGUAA